AUGGCGUCUUCUGCCACGCUGUUGGUUCAGCCCGCGUCAACUUUCGCGACGUUCGCUGCUGUUUCGCAGCAAUGUCCUCCGACUAGCGUAUCUCUCCGUCGCAAUGGGUUCGUGCGGGUUACUAGCCACGGGCCUUCGUCGAGGCAAGCCGUGGAGACAACGCGUAGCUCACCAUUGUCAUACGUGACUACAUCGAAGUCGCACAAACGAACGGCUCGACUUGCGAUCACUGCAGCGGCGGCAGAGGCGGGAGAUGCGGCGAUCGACGAGGAGGCCGAGAUCAAGAACGAGAAGGUGCUGGUGCUCGGAGGGAGUGGGUUCGUGGGCUCCGCUGUGGCAAAGGCAGCGGCUGACAGAGGCAUUGACGUGGUCAGCCUGAGCAGGUCUGGCCGAUCCUCCAUCUCCAACGAGACGUGGGCGAACAGUGUGAUAUGGGAGACUGGUGACGUGUUCUCUGCCAACUGGCCCGUACUUCUGAAGGAUGUGACUGUAGUGGUGUCCUGCAUUGGGGGAUUCGGCACAGACGAGCAGAUGGAACGGAUCAACGGAGAUGCUACAGUGGUUGCGGUGGACGCUGCUAAAGACUCUGGCGUGCGCAAGUUUGUGUUUGUGUCGGUGCAUGAUUACAACCUGCCCGACUUUGCCAAGGAGAAUGGAUACUUCAAUGGCAAGAAAAGAGCAGAGACUGCGGUUCUUGACGCCUUUCCCAAUACAGGAGUUGUGUUGCGGCCUGGAUUUAUCUAUGGGAAACGCCGGGUAACCGGGGGUGUGGAGGUUCCGCUUGAUCUGAUUGGCCAGCCAUUGGAGAAGCUGCUCUCAGCCACCAAGGAUAUUACAAAGCUGCUUUCCCCUUUGCCAGCCUCUGACCUGCUUCUAGCGCCGCCUGUAGAUGUUGCUGAUCUUGCAUCUGUAGCGGUGCGAGCCGUUGUCGAUGACUCAAUUGCAGGGGUAGCAGGUGCUGCUUUGCUGUCAUUCGUUGAGAACCGAAUAUGGCCCGGAAAAAGAUCCGAGACCGGAAUCGAUCUGACUAUCAACUCCGUCCAGAUCACAUCGGAGACGGAUUUCGCGAAGCUCGCGAACGAGCAGCCAUGGAUGAACAGCACGCGCAUGGUGGUGAAGCCGGACAUGCUGUUCGGCAAGCGAGGCAAGAGCGGCCUGGUGGCUCUCGACCUGGACUUCGCAGGAGUGGAGGCAUUCGUUAAGAGCAAGCUCGGCAAGGAGGUGGAGAUGGGACAAUCCAAGGGACCCAUCACGACGUUCAUAGUGGAGCCGUUCAUCCCGCACAAGGAGGAGUACUACCUCUCCAUCACCUCCAAGCGCCUGGGCUGCGACGUGAGCUUCUCUGAGUGCGGCGGCGUCAACAUCGAGGAGAACUGGGACAAGGUGAAGACCAUCUUCGUGCCCACAGAGUCCGAGCUCACAUCAGAGCUCUGUGCGCCGCUCAUUGCCACCCUGCCGCUCGAGGUGCGAGAGAACAUGGAGAAGUUCAUCAAAGGCGUGUUCGCUGUCUUCAAAGACCUGGACUUCACGCUGAUCGAAAUGAACCCCUUCAUUGUGGUCAACGGGGAGCCCUUUCCUCUCGACAUGCGCGGGGAGCUUGACGACACGGCACAGUUCAAGCACUUCCAGAAGUGGGGAGACGUGGAGUUCCCUCUCCCCUUUGGCCGCACCAUGACACCAUCAGAGGAGAGGAUUCACGAGAUGGAUGAGAAGACGGGGGCCUCGCUCAAGCUGACCAUUCUGAACCCCAAGGGGCGGAUCUGGACCAUGGUGGCAGGAGGAGGGGCGUCCGUCAUCUAUGCUGACACUGUUGGUGACUUGGGCUACGCACAGGAGCUGGGCAACUAUGCGGAGUACAGUGGAGCGCCAAAUGAGGAGGAGACGCUGCAGUAUGCUCGUAUCUUGAUUGACUGCGCCACAGCCAAUCCCGAUGGCCGUCCACGAGCGCUGCUGAUUGGUGGAGGCAUCGCCAACUUCACAGACGUGGCCAAGACGUUUUCCGGCAUCAUUCGGGCACUCCGAGAGAAGGAGCGGCAGAUCAAGGAUGCCAAGGUGCGCAUAUUCGUACGCCGUGGAGGGCCCAACUACCUCAAGGGGCUUGAGAAGAUGCGCGAGCUUGGCGCUGAGAUUGGCAUUCCCAUCCAGGUGUAUGGUCCUGAAGCCAGCAUGACCUGCAUUUGCAAGGAAGCGAUUGAUUAUGUGGCCUCUGCUGCUGCCUGA